CCCAACCCUUUUUACUUUCCCACUCCUUUUGUCUUAAUCUAUUGCCCAGCACCGCGGAUUAAAGCCCCUGGCCAAGCAGUCUCCCCGCCCAAGUUUCCUCUUAUUCCCCGACCCGGCCUGCGAAUUCAUUAGUGUGCUGAAGAAACUGCGUCUGCACUCUGCACACCAGCAGCUUCUGCAGAUAGGUGCAGUGAGUAGAAGAGUGGCAGCAGCAGAAGCAGCUGGCGAGCUCACUUUACACUUGCUCCUGAAUCAGCACACCCCUGCCGGCUACUGGUAGGCACUUACCUUGUUUCGAGGCAGAGCUCAGAGCUGAGCAAGCUUCGCUCGGAGUGGUCAGGCGCCGGGCGAGCUCGAGGCGAGGGGGCUAGGCUCAUGGAAGGUCUGAGGCCAGUCCAUUGGCUGGCGUCUCUUCUCGCCGUCCUCAUCUUCUGCCAUGGUACUGGAAGUGAAAGAUGGUGAUUUGGUUCAAGCUGCAGGCAGGGGAAGCGAGCAGAGACCGGAGCACGCCAGGCUGGGGCGCGCCAGCGACACGCUGGAGCGGGACGUGACCUCGCCCCUGGCCACCGUCCCGGUGGUGACCCCCACGGUCACGACGCCCACGGCGAUGCCCACCGCGACGCCGGCGACGCAGGCGCCGUCGCUGGCCGGCGGCGGUGGCGGGAGCUGGUGCGUGGCGAGCCCCAGCGCGAGCUCGACGGCGCUGCAGGUGGCGCUGGACUACGCGUGCGGGCAGGGCGGCGCGGACUGCUCCCCCAUCCAGCAGGGCGGGAGCUGCUUCAACCCGGACACCGUCCGCGACCACGCCUCCUACGCCUUCAACAGCUACUACCAGAAGAAUCCCGUCCAGACCAGCUGCGACUUCGGCGGCACCGCCGUCCUAACCAGCACCAACCCAAGUACUUCGACAUGUCAGUAUCCAUCAACGAGCACCGGCGCUUCUGUCCUGAACACGUCGACGCCGUUGACGCCAACUUACGGGUCUCCUCCUGGCGGGUACGGGAGCGCUCCCCCCGUCGGAUACGGCAACUCCCCGCCGCUCUACGGGUCCAUGUCGCCGCCGGACUACGGCGACAACAUCAGCGCCGCGGUGACGGUGUCCGGCAACAAGAAGACGACGAUCCUGUCGCUGGCGACGUGCCUCCUGAUCGCAACAAUGACACUGGCCGGCUGAACCUCCACACGCAGUAGCCUAAGCCGCCGCGUCGCCGUUGUACUGUGCACACCGCAGGAAGUUCAGUCGCGGUACGUCCAGGUGUCAAAGGUGGUGAAGUCUUUAAGGCUGAAGGUGAGGUGGGAAUCAGAUCGCCAUGACUUGAUGCCGCAGAGGAUGCAGAGGCGAUGUACAAGUAAUCUGCCGGAUCGGAAGAGCAGAUGCAGUCAUGCAGAUCAGUGACGCCGAGCAGAUUGGCAGUAGUGUUGCCCUUGUCAGUACUCAGAUAUGUAAAGAUAGACUGACAGAUAGUAGCCCUUGUACUACUGAGAUA